AGCCGAACCCUCUCCCUCGCCCCACCCGGUGAAAGAAGAAACCCUAGAUCUGUCGCCUUUCUUCCCUCUGCCAGGCGCUGCAGCUCAGCCGCCGUCGCUGCUACUCGUCGGCCAAUGCAGCUCGUCUAAACCCUAAACCUCUUCAACCGCUAUAACUCUGUCUGCUGCUGUAGUAGCUCUGUCCGCCGCCGAUGGCAACCUCUUCCAUUGCCUUCGUUCGCCGCCUUCGCACGAUCCGUCCGCCGUCGUCGACAACGUCGUCUGCUGCCUUCGUCCGCCACUGCAGCUUCAUCGGUUCGGACCUGCACGAGCUGGGGCCGGUGGCAACACGCACUAUUGCAACUCAAGCAGUUAGAAGUUGGAUGAAGGGCGUUAAUAACAUUCAUGAGAUCACAGCAUCGAAUCUCCAAGCUUCUCAAAUCAGAUUUGGAACAUGUGGAAUUUCAGGCCACAAGUAUUCGUAUACACUAAAUUUAAGGCAUGCCUUCAGUUCAAAUAUAAGCCAGUUGCCUGUCAUUGCUGACCCUGAUAUAGAAGCUGCAAUGAAGGAUUUGUUGGCGAUUAACUGGGAUGAAAUUCCAGACUCUGUUAUAAAUGAGACAAAGAAGGCUCUGUCAAAAACCACUGAAGAUAAAGCUGGCCAGGAGGCUUUGGCAAAUGUAUUUCAUGCAGCUGAGGCAUCUGUGGAAUUUAGUGGUGUACUGGUAUCCCUUAGAAUGGCACUUGAUGAUUUAUGCGGCUUAAGUGGUGAGAAUGUUGGACACCUGCCAGAGCAUCUGGAAGAUGCCAUAAGAGCUGCAUAUAAACGAUAUAUUACUUAUUUGGAUUCAUUUGGUCCUGAUGAGACCUUUUUGAGGAAAAAGGUUGAACUUGAAUUGGGAACGAAAAUGAUACACUUGAAAAUGAGAUGCAGUGGCAUUGGUUCUGAGUGGGGAAAGGUUAUGCUUCUUGGCACCUCUGGGCUUUCUGGGUCCUAUGUGGAGCUCAGGUCAUGAUAAGCGAUUCUGAGAGCGCUUUUGGAUGGCUUUCCGUUCUGUUGCGUGUUGUCGCGGCCAUUGUUGUAUAUGUGGCUGUCUCCUUUCUAUCGAAGUAUAACUGCCUGCAAGAAACAAAGGAGAUCCUUCGCCUACC